UCGCCGCGGCUGCCCUCAGCGUCCUCCGGCUCCGCCCUCGCCGCUUUCCUCCCGACUCGAGCGCCCUUUCGCGCUCAGGCUUCACUCGACCCUCUCGGGCCUCGGCUACUCAGGCGGCGGUGGAAGAUGGCGGCCCCGGCCGACUGCUCCGAGGAAGCUUUGGCUGCUGCCCUGGCGGACGUGCCCGAACUAGCCAGACUCCUAGAGGCUGACCCGUAUCUGAAGCCCUUCGCCCUGGACUUCCAGCGCAGGUAUAAGCGGUUUACCCAGACUUUGAACAAUAUUGGAGAGAACGAAGGAGGUAUCAAUAAGUUUUCCAGAGGUUAUGAAUCAUUUGGGGUCCACAGAUGUGCUGAUGGUGGUUUGUACUGCAAAGAAUGGGCUCCUGGAGCAGAAGGAGUUUUUCUUACUGGAGACUUCAAUGAUUGGAAUCCAUUUUCAUACCCAUACAAGAAACUGGAUUAUGGAAAAUGGGAGUUGUAUAUACCACCAAAGCAGGAUAAAUCUCUACUAGUACCUCAUGGAUCCAAAUUAAAGGUAGUUAUUAGGAGUAAAAAUGGAGAGAUUUUGUAUCGUAUUUCACCGUGGGCGAAGUAUGUGGCUCGUGAAGGUGAUAAUGUGAUUUAUGAUUGGAUACACUGGGAUCCAGAACACACAUAUAAAUUUAAGCAUUCCCGACCAAAGAAGCCAAGAGGUCUACGAAUUUAUGAGUCUCAUGUGGGGAUUUCUUCCCAUGAAGGAAAAGUAGCUUCUUAUAAACAUUUUACAUGUAAUAUACUACCGAGAAUCAAAGACCUUGGAUACAACUGCAUUCAGUUGAUGGCAAUCAUGGAACAUGCUUAUUAUGCCAGUUUUGGUUACCAAAUCACAAGCUUCUUUGCAGCUUCAAGUCGUUACGGAACUCCAGAAGAGCUAAAAGAACUGGUUGACACAGCUCAUUCAAUGGGUAUUACUGUCCUCUUAGAUGUGGUACACAGCCAUGCUUCAAAAAAUUCAGAAGAUGGAUUGAAUAUGUUUGAUGGGACAGAUUCCUGUUAUUUUCAUUCUGGACCUAGAGGGAAUCAUGAUCUUUGGGAUAGUCGAUUGUUUGCCUACUCUAGCUGGGAAGUUUUAAGAUUCCUUCUGUCAAACAUAAGAUGGUGGUUGGAAGAAUAUGGCUUUGAUGGAUUUCGUUUUGAUGGUGUUACAUCCAUGCUCUAUCAUCACCAUGGGAUGGGUCAAGGUUUUUCAGGUGAUUAUCAUGAAUAUUUUGGACUACAAGUAGAUGAAGAUGCCUUGAUUUAUCUCAUGUUGGCGAAUCAUUUGGUUCAUACAUUGUAUCCAGAUUCCAUAACAGUCGCUGAGGAUGUAUCAGGAAUGCCAGCUCUGUGUUCUCCAAUUUCCCAGGGUGGGUGCGGCUUUGACUAUCGAUUAGCCAUGGCAAUUCCAGAUAAAUGGAUCCAGCUGCUUAAAGAGUUUAAAGAUGAAGAUUGGAAUAUGGGCAACAUAGUGUACACACUCACAAACAGACGCUACCUUGAAAAGUGCAUUGCUUAUGCAGAAAGCCAUGAUCAGGCACUCGUUGGGGAUAAGACACUGGCAUUUUGGUUGAUGGAUGCUGAAAUGUAUACCAACAUGAGUGUUCUGACCCCUUUUACUCCAGUUAUUGAUCGUGGAAUACAGCUUCAUAAAAUGAUUCGACUUAUUACUCAUGCACUCGGUGGAGAAGGCUAUCUCAAUUUCAUGGGUAACGAAUUUGGGCAUCCUGAAUGGUUAGACUUCCCAAGGAAAGGAAAUAACGAGAGUUACCAUUAUGCCAGAAGGCAGUUUCACUUAACUGAUGAUGACCUUCUUCGCUAUAAGUUUCUAAAUAACUUUGACAAGGAGAUGAAUAAACUAGAAGAAAGAUAUGGUUGGCUUUCAGCUCCACAGGCCUAUGUGAGUGAGAAGCAUGAAGCCAAUAAGGUCAUCGCAUUUGAGAGAGCAGGUCUUCUUUUUAUUUUCAACUUUCAUCCAAACAAAAGCUACACUGAUUACCGGGUUGGAACGAAAGUGCCAGGAAAAUUCAAAAUUGUGCUAGAUUCAGAUGCACCAGAAUAUGGAGGACACCAGAGACUGGACCACAACACCGAUUUCUUUUCUGAGGCUUUUGAACAUAAUGGCCUUCCCCAUUCUCUCUUGGUGUACAUUCCAAGCCGAGUGGCCCUUGUCCUUCACAAUGUGGAUAUGCCCAACUGAAGAGACCGGAUUUCAUCCCUUCCAGGAAAAGAUGUGUGUUUUGUUUUCCUCUUUUCAUUGUCACGUAACUUAAACUGUGUAAGCUUUUCAGAAUAUAGUGUCUAGCCAAAACUUCAGAUGUCUGAAAUGCAGUAUUGACUUAUGCAAAUAACUAUCAAACUUUUCUUUAAGAAGUAGAGGGGAAUUUUCUGAAAUUUCAGGGAUCUUAGACUAUAUUUUUCUAAUAUCUAAGCAGCUAGAAUUCCCAAGUGAAGUAAUAAAUAUAUACAUGUCUUUCAACAAAAUUAUAUAAUUAUAUAUAAAAGUUAUAUAUAGAUCUUUAAACAAAAUUACUUUCCCAGCCAAUUACUUGAUGGUUUUAAAUUGAAAUUUGAAUCAUGUGCUAUAUACGAUUAUUUCUGUUGAAUGUAUCCAGUAUUUUUUUAAGAUAGGUAUUUGGUGAUUUUAUUUGUUCUAAUACCUCUUGGUCUAACUUGGGAGGUACCAAGAUUGUUACUAUGUUUUUUCAAACUAACUUCAGAGAUAAUGUAAUAAACAUGUAACAAUAAUAUAAAAUUAAGGAUUGUAUUCAAUAUUAUAGAUAAUAUAAAAGUCAUUAUCUAUGAACUCAUCCAUGCUUCAUUUUUCCUAAGUUCUUUCUAUUUUGUGAUCUCUUGUUUGCUUAGUACCUUGAUAGGUUCUGAUAUCUCAGUCUUUUUCUGAAAGCCCAUAAGGUUUCAGAAAAUGUCUUUUUCUUUCAAUAAAUAAAAUAAAAAUAAUUGAAUAACUGAAAAUUGCCUUUACUAAUGUUUAUUUUGCUGUGCUAUUGUGGAGACUGACUUCGAAUGAAUAUUAAAAUGCCUGCCUGGUAUCAACUCUGAUACCUUCCCCACAUAUAUGCACAUGUUCACGAUGGACUAGGCAUGGGGGUUAAUAAUAGUUUUUCUUUAGGUACUAUUUUAUAACUUGAAAUUAUAUUAACCAACUCAGAUAUCUAAGCUACUCCCCAGCUGUAAACCUGAGCACUUUUAGAAGCUGUGCUGACUUUCCCAACUCAGUGGGAUACACAAUCAUGAAAUUAUGCCUCAGGUUUGGACCUGUGGUUUAAAAUCAUUGAUUGGUAAUUCAUUCAUAACUAAGAAAUUAUAAUGCACUUAAAAGACAUAAAGUAUCUGUCACUUUUAUAAAGGUCUGACUUUUUCUUUCUGCUAAUACUGUCUGCUUUUUGUUUGUUUCUUGCCUGAUUUCUCAUGACUAAUCAGGAGUACUAGAAGACUUCCUAUUAAAAAUUGGUUCAGUAAUAGAAGGGAUUAGCAAAGAGAAUUUCAUAGCUAGACCUCUAUGUUAACCAUCUUCCAUAUAACUUUUUUCAGUAAAGCCUUGAAUCGAGGUCGGAAACGUGUUAUUUGCUUUACCAUCAAAGUAGAGUAAUGGUUUGAUUUCCUGAAAGACUCAGCAAAGCCAGCUGAUGCUGUUCCAUGCUAGGAAGCGUGACUGAAAGCCUUCUGAGCUGCCUUUCCCAUUACAGGGCUGUAUUAAUAUCUUAGAGCUGCCAUGCCGGUGCCUGUUAUUGAUGACCCAACGUGCAGCCGUGAUUUUUCAUGUUCUAGUUUAUAAUUUCUUAUGUAUGAAGAAAGAUGCUAAUUUUCUAUGAUGGCUCUUUAAAAAUUACAAGAGAUUACUUAAUGCCUAGAACCUAUUUUCUGCUCUUUGUGACUUCUGUGGCAAAGUCAAAAGGACCAGAAUAAUUAUAUGCUAUAUUUCCAUUACAUUGAUUCACCUUCUAAUAUUCUUUAGAUUUCACAGUCUAAAGUUCAAAGUUAACAAUGUAAUGUAAGUUACUUGCCUUUGUCAAGUACACCCCCCCAGAACAAUAAAUGGAUAUUGCUAAGUAGAAAUUAUAAAAACACAUGUAAACAAAUAAAAUAUUAAGAAUCCAAAAUAAAA